AUGUUAGGAGUUAAUCUGGCAUGGUUGCUGGGUUGGAGUAGUGAUAUGACUAGUGAUCAAAUGACGGGUGCAGAUAAUAAGGCAGGUGGUCAAAUGAAGAUGGUUGGGACUGACAUUAUGACUGAUGCAAGCAAUAAGACUGAGAUAAACUGGAAAGACCAUUGCAUAAAAACUGAGGAUUAUCAGUGGAUAGGUGUUCGGGCAAUUGAAUAUGAUUCUAAUCCAAAGUGUUCCAAGAUGAAAUUUAAGGAGGGGUAUGUACUUGAUAGUUAUGAAGCACCAGAUUAUUAUGUAUGGAAGUGGAGGCAAUUGUUAAAAUUUGGGUUGUUAGGUGAUUCUGACACAAACCGUAUUAUUACAAUGAUAAACAACUGCCACCUAAUUCAUAAUCUAGAUGCUAAUAUUUGUCCUAAUGAUCUUGAGAAAGACUCUCUAUUGUAUGCAAUAGAUAAAGUCAUAUCUGACUUUGAAAGGGGAUAUGCUCUAAGUCAAGGCUAUAUUGUUGAGUUUGAAAAGCUAACAAGGAUUGCUCCAGGAGAGAUUAGUCUCUCUAUAAUUGACUCAUUGACGUGGGCUGGUGAUUGGACGAAGCAAGCUGCAAUCAACAAUCUUAUGAUGAAUUAUAAUCCUUUCCAUAUUUUCCGCAUCUUUGUCCCGUUCGACAGGUUGACCACAGAUCAUAUCAAACAGGCGAUUGAAACUUGGAAGGUGCUUAUCGAAAACCCAACCCAAACCAACCCAAAUACUUGCGCCCAGAAACAACUUAGACACUUCUUGUACGAUAUAUUACGGGUGCAGCUGGCACUCUCUAUCUUUUCAAACCUUUCUAAUCCAUCUCUAAGUGUUUAUCCUAAUAUCACAAUCAGCAAUGACGACCAGAAGUACAUAGACGACAUGUUGAAACUAAACAUUGCUGAUAUGAUAAAGAACAUGCCAGCAGAUGAAGCUGCUCAGGAGGCGCGAGAAAAACUAUCGUAUGGCUAUAAAUUACAAUGGAGGUAUGAAUCGGCUUUUGUGCAACCUGAUUAUAUAGAUCGAUUGAACGACGCCUUUAUAAUUAUACACAUUGCUCCCGAGAAGAACAUUGUACUUGAAAAUGGCAAGCAACUAAUCGAUGAUAUGAAGAAAGCAGCAAAAUGGUUUGAGAGUGUAAAAGAUAAGACAAAAAAGCUCAAAACCGUGCUUAGUCCCUACUUAUCAAAUACCAGAACCGCCUCUAGUAUUCAUGAGUGUGUAGAAUAUCUAACCACUAAGCCACCAUCUACAGCCAUUCCCAAAUCCAACCACGCAUCCAAUUCUCCUACCACCCCCAAACAUAUAGCCAAUCUCUUCUGGACCCACCUCCCCCAUCUAUUCGGACUGUCACCCAGAUAG